GCAGCUCCCCCCAGGCCCCGCCCCUCGGCUGCAAAAUAAUAUCCACGUUGUGCUACGGAUCCGCCCACCCUUCCAAGGGCCAGGGAAGAGAAAUGGCUGCAGUGGAGCCAGUGACCUUCGAGGAGCUGGCUGUGUAUUUCUCCAAGGAGGAAUGGGCCCUGCUGGACCCGGGUCAGAGAGCCCUCUACAGGGAUGUCAUGCAGGAGAAUUAUGAGACUGUGACCUGGCUGGGUGCUGGGACCGUGAGUGAGAACGAGGAGGAGAAGCCUCAGCAGGAAGGCCCUGAGCCAGUGGAACCACAUGGGACAGUAUUGAGAACAUCUGAAGGGGACGUCUCCCCGAGCCCUGAGGAGGGAGAAAACCAUGAGAGGCGGCACGGGCCAGAGAGACAGCAGGGAAUCCAGUUAGCAGAGGGUUGGGGUAAAUCCACUCACAGGAGCAAAGGGGUUAGGAAAAUCAAAGAAACCGUUCAGCCGCGGAUCCCCGCUGGAGACACACCCUACAAGUGCAGUGCCUGUGGGAAAAGCUUCCACUGGAGAUCAGUCCUUAAUGUUCACCAGAGAAUCCACGCUGGCGAGAAGCCCUAUAAAUGCAAUGACUGUGGGAAAAGCUUCAGGGACAGCUCAGCCCUCACUAAACACCAGAGAACCCACACAGGGGAGAGACCCUACAAAUGCAGUGAGUGUGGGAUAAGCUUCAGUCACCACUCGGCCCUCGUUACUCACCAGAGGAUGCACACAGGAGAGAGACCCUACACGUGUGAUGACUGUGGGAAAAGCUUCCGUUGGCGAUCAUCCCAUAUCACUCACCAGAGAAUCCACACGGGAGAAAAACCUUACAGUUGCCCUGACUGUGAGAAAAGCUUCAGGCAGCAUUCAAACCUUAUUAAACAUUACAGAAUCCAUACAGGAGAGAAGCCCUGUAAAUGCCCCGACUGUGGGGAAAGCUUCGCUCAGAGCUCCUGCCUUACUGAACAUCAGAGAAUGCACUCAGGAGAGAAAUCCUGUGGAUGCCCCAACUGUGGGAAAUGCUUCUGUGACAGCUCAACCCUCAUUAACUAUCAGAGAAUCCACACAGGAAAGAGGCCCUAUAAAUGCCCCGACUGUGGGAAAAGCUUCACUCAGAGCUCCCGCCUUACUGAACAUCAGAGAAUGCACACAGGAGAGAGACCCUUUAGUUGUCCUGACUGUGGGAAACGCUUCUUUGUCAGCUCAAGCCUCAUUCACCAUCAGAGAAUCCACACUGGAGAGCGACCCUAUAAGUGUUCCGAGUGUGGGAAAAGCUUUGUUCGGCAAUCACAACGGGUUAUACACCAGAGAAUCCACACAGGAGAGAAGCCCUAUAAAUGUAAUGAGUGCGGGAAAAACUUCAGUGACAGAUCAGACCUCACUAAGCACCAGAGGAAACACACCGGAGAGAAGCCCUACACGUGCCCUGAUUGCGGGAAAAGCUACUGUUUCCGAUCAGACCUCACUAAACAUCAGAGAAUCCACACCGGAGAGAAGCCCUUCAGUUGCCCCAAAUGUGGGAAAAGCUUCGGUCGGAGAUCAGACCUUAUUAUACACCAGAGAAUCCACACAAGGGAGAGACCUUAUAUAUGCCCUGAGUGUGGAAAAAGCUUCAGUGACAGAUCAGACCUCACUAAGCAUCAGAAAAAACACACCGAAGAAAAGCCCUACAAAUGCCUCGAGUGCGAGAAAAGCUUUGAUCGGCACUCAAAUCUUAUUACACAUCAGAGAAUCCACACAGGAGAGAAACCCUACAAUUGCCUGAACUGUGGGAAAAGCUUCAGUCGCAGCUCAACCCUCACUACGCACCAGAGGAUCCACACAGGCGAGAAGCCCUACAAGUGCCCUGGGUGUGGGAGAAGCUUCAGGGACAACUCAGCCUUUAUUAGGCAUCAGAGAAUCCACACGGAAGAGAAAGGCUAGAAAUGUCCGUGUCUCCGGAUGGACCAAGUGACUAACACCUGUGCCAAUUCCCAGGCAUCUCAGAGGUCAGGCCAGGCGGGAGUGGUGGUGUGAUGAGGACGUGCCUUAGUUACUAAAGCAGAGAAUGAAAUCGCCUUCCUGGACUAGAGCUGCGCAGAGCAAGAGGCUGAGGUAAGGUAUCCACCUUGUGACUGGGUUUGAUUUUACUUCUCAAGUAGCUCUGAAUAGCCGCUGUUCAGUUCCUACAUUUAAGUUAAUUACCCACAACUGGUCGAUUCAUCCUCUAAUUUAGGGGUGUUCUUGGGUUCCUUGCUGACACUGAGAUCCCCAGCAUCCACAGGUAACAGUUUCUGUCAUCUCCGGUUUGCAAGGAGACGCCAUCCCAUCCUAGUGGAUGAAGACCUGGCCUUUCUCAGUCACACCUUUGUCACUACAUGGCUGGACUACAGCAAGGUGAUAUACCUGGGCAUGAACUCAUCUGUGCUUAGGAAAUUCCAGCUACUACCGAACACUGCAGCACAUCUUCUACCAUGGCACAUCAGGUCAUAGAACAUCAACGCAAAUUCAAGAUCUCAGUCCUUAUCUCCGUGACCAGGGCCCUGGGUAAACAGAACGCCAUCUACAGCUCCAGGAUGAAAACCACCGUCAACAUAUUUGCUCCUUUUGCACAAUGGAACUUCCUACAAUACGGGUAAAGCCUGUGUGUGCAUGAAACAACUUUCUCGGGGGACAGUCAGAGACUGUGGAAUGAGCUCCCCCAGGAACUAAGGACCAUCGCAAACCUCCCCAGCUUCUGCUCCCAACACAAGCCACAUUUUUGUGACCCUGCCUUCUCUAACAUAAAUACAUAGCAUUGCAUAUAUUAAAUAAGUCAUGGCAUUUUUUAAUUUAUUAAAUAGUUUCAAUCUUUUUUUCCUAUAACAAACAGAAGGAAUUCCAGGUGCCAAAAUUUAGAACAAGUUUAAAAGUACUGCACAUCAGAAAAGAGAAAAGACCAAGAUGUUUACCCUUGUUUGGACUCCUGUGUAUUCCCAGCACACUGGUUUUUAUGGCACAUAUAUAAAUAAAUAAGUAAAAAUUAAGGAAAUCAAAAUCAAAGAGGAAAAAGGUU